CCCCAUAUCGACGACGUUGGCUGGCGCCCCAUACGAAAUACCAUCUUCGCAAAAAUAUAUCCCCGGUGGAAUGCAUGAGGAACUCUAGACAGUCCUCAGCCACCAUAUCUCCAGAUGUUUCGAAAUCGGACAUCCUCGCAAAAGCCUGGCGAUGAGUUCAUCGCCAACUUUCGCCAGACCUUCCCAGAAGUAGCUGUCGCGACCUCUUCGGCCGGCUCAAAUUCUGGGAAUACCACGCUGGAGGGAGCCAUCGCGGGUGGCCCACAUCCUGACAGACAUCACAGCGCGGGCCACGAAGAUUUGAAAGAUCUUGACCCAACACCCAGGGCACAACAUGAACCAUGGCGUUUUACUCCCUCACUCCUCGAUCCCAACUCCUUCGCUUUCUCAGCUUUCGCCAACCAGCCGCCAGGCUACUAUACUCCCACCCCUGGAGGCACGAACACCUUAUAUCAUAAUCAAGCUGGCGACCUUCACACACCAGGUAUGGGCCUGGGAAUGGGCUUGGGAACACCUUUGUCGCUGCCCAACUCAGCAGAAGGCAUACACACCCAUACUAUGAUGGAUAUGUCUGCGUACAGCCACCAUAUGCCUCCUCAUUUCCAAAAUUACAACCCAUUUAGCGGCCAACAGCACCAUCCGCAGCAUGAGCAUCAACAACACCAACAGCAGACAUCUUUUGCCCCAUCUUCUUUCGUCCACCAAGACACUGGAUAUGAAACUAUGGAACAGGAUGGAUCUCCUAUGGACGACGAUAGACAUAUGGGACCCAUGGACUCGAACAUCCAGCAUCAUUCUCCUAUGAUGAGUUUUCAGCCCCAGCAUUACAACAUGGCAGCUGCAAUGCCCCCAUCAGCUGAAAAGUUCCGGUUUCAUGUGACUCUGAAUGCUCCUACCGCGAUGAUCAAGCAUUCUGAGGAGAUUCCAGUCACUUAUCUGAACAAGGGCCAAGCUUAUUCCGUUUCUAUUAUUGACACUGCGACAACUAUGCCUCUGGUCCCAGGAACUCGAUAUAGGACGUUUGUUCGCAUAUCUUUUGAAGAUGAGCAACAGCGACAAAGGCCUGCAACUUGCUGGCAGCUGUGGAAGGAAGGCCGAGGAACCAACGAGGCACAUCAACGCGGUGGCAAGCUCCAAGCAGUUGAGUAUGUGGAAGCAAAUCAGCCUGCUGAGAGCGACGACAAGCGCACUCGAGUAGAACUCGACACAGCGUCUUUCGAUGGAUUUUCUGUCAUCUGGACUCCAGGAGUGAAUGGUGCGCCCGAAUGCAACAUCGCAGUUCGGUUCAACUUCCUCUCAACCGACUUCAGUCAUUCAAAAGGUGUGAAAGGAAUACCGGUACGACUCUGCGCCAAGACCGAAACCCUAUCUACUGGAUCGCCUCGCUCAAGCCCUGAAUUCUCGGAAGUUGCGUACUGUAAAGUCAAACUUUUCAGAGAUCACGGCGCGGAGCGCAAACUUUCAAACGAUGUCGCUCAUGUUAAGAAAACCAUCGACAAGCUCAAGCAACAAAUUGCUCAGGCCGAAACGGGAAUGAAAGACUUUGGCAAACGAAAGAGAACUGGAUCGACCACAGUCAAACCUCAACCGAGUCAACGACCCGGAAAGGUUCAAAAACACAAGAGAACAUGGUCUAUGUCUUCUCAAUCGUCCGCCGGAGGCCGACCACCUAUCGAAGAAGACCUUCAUUUCAAGUUGCAAACAAUGCAAGAUAUGUUUACAAGCACAAGACCUGUGAGCAUUCUCUACCUUCGUGGCUCCGAACAGGACGAUCCCGAUCUUCACCCAGUCGCUCUUGUGGGAGAACCAUUGGAUCUUACAAAGGUGGAUUCAAGAGGCAGUGCCAUGUGGCAGCAGAGAACGAGCGAUAGAAGUUCAACAGCAGGCACGUCUUCACUGGUGUCACCAUCUCCGAGUUCGAUCUCCUUGCAAUCACAGGCUUUGGCUGGGUCUGCGCCUAACCAACCUGGUCAAUGGGGCGAAUACCAGCCUCUGGCGCCUGCAGAUGUACAAUCGUCAAACCCUCAGCAGUUGGCAAGCCCGCCUGAUCAAAUCACAAAAGUUCCGAAGACGGAUGAAGCAGGCAAUCUCAGUGGGUGGAUCGAAGCUCUCGGUGUGGAUUCUUCCUACAAACCACCAGUGCUCGAUCGACCCAUCAAACCUGUGGCGAGUUUCUACAUUCUUCACAGGAACCCCAACCAGCCAGAUAAGCCUGAAUACUACAGGGCUGUAUAUAUCAUGCAACGGACGCUUCGGGACUUUACCAACGCCAUCGCCUCGAAAUGGAGCCUAGAACCCACGAAAAUACUCCGAACACUCCAUGUCCUCGAUCGAGGUCUCCAAGUCGAGGUGGAUGACGAUGUCAUCCGUGAAAUGGCCGAAGGCCAAGACAUCAUCAUGGAGAUCGCCGAUGUUCGAAGCUCCCAAGUCAAGCGCGAAUGGGAAAUGUCAAUCGAUGUUGCUGUGGACAGCGACAACGCCAGUGGUACCCAAAAUGUCGUCCAAACCGAAGGAUACGAACUUCGCCUAAUGUUUUAAUAUGUCCUCUUCUACGACACACUU